AAAAAGAAAAAUAUACUGCUAAACGAAAAAAAAAUUUUGGCCCCGAUGAACAUUAUGGACUAGCUGAACCAUUAGACGAUUAUGAAACACCUGGAGAUAUAGUUGAAAAAAAAAAUAAUUUUAUGAAAUCAUUAUCAAUUUCUAGUGAAGCUAUCGAUAAGUUAGAAAGGGACACAAUUGACCAAUCGAAUUCACAAACGUGGCAAGUUGAACGCAGAAUUCGCCUAACUGCAUCCAACUUUGGUAGAGUUUGUAAAAUGCGUUUAACUACAUCAUGUAAAGGAACUGUUUAUAAUUUGCUUUACGGAAAUGUAACAACCAAGGCGAUGGAAUAUGGAAAAAUGAUGGAAGAUAUAGCUAGAAAGAAAUUUGAAACUUUAACCAAUUUUAAAGUUUUAAAUUGUGGUUUGUUUAUCGACAAAGAUAAACCAUACUUAGCUGCUAGCCCUGAUGGUUUGGUAGGCGAUACAGCUCUACUUGAAAUUAAAUGUCCUUUAUCGACAAAAGAUACCAUUGAUAUUCAAGUUGCAGUCGACAACAAAAAGAUACCUUACAUAUGCAUUAUAGACGGUAAAAUGAAACUAAAAAAAGAUAGUUCAUACUACUACCAAGUGCAAGGGCAGUUGAAAAUAACAAAGAGGAAGGUAUGCUAUUUUGUAGUAUAUUCUGAACACUGGCUUCAUUAUGAUGUAGUUGAAUUCGACAAAAACUUUUGGAGUUCUAAAAUGGAAACUCAGUUAGAAACAUUUUAUAAGGAAUGUCUUUUGCCCGAAUUGGUUCAUCCACGGUAUGGCAAACGGCUAUUGAAGUCAGAUAUUUUAGAGCCGAAACACAUUUUAGAGAACAUAAAAAAAAAAAAAGAAUUUAUAGUACCUAUAAUAUAAAUUGUUUUUUUUAUUUUUGUAUGAUUAA